UGCGUUUCCAGCACGGCACAGGUAGUGCGAUACGAGCCUGGAAUACUAAAAGAUACCCAAUAAUUAUAUGCUUAGACCUUAAUCAUAAUUUUGCACACAUUUCACGAUAUGAUGAACAGUGUCGUUCAUGGCGGCCACUUCGCACGCACGAAAACAAAGUAAUAAAGCCGGUUAAGCGUAUUUUGAACCGUUUCUUUAUACAGUGCACAUGUUUCGAGAUCGGUGAUUCAUUUGUGGCAAAAAAACUUAAGGGACUUCGGUGUACGCGGGUGACGCAGCCGAGUCAUUGAUCCCGUUGCGUUCCCCGGCGGCCGACGCCAUGUCGGAGCCCGCGACUCCUGCGGCCGCUCCGCUGUUCCCGCCGCUCGUCCUUGCGAUAUUUAUUGCGUGCGUCGCCGGCGCUGCAAGCCUCGCUAACUGCGCUUUGAUAGCAGCAAUAAUAAGACGGGCGAAAAACGGUCUAUUUUGUUUCAUCAUCCAAUUAUCGAUAGCAGACUUCAUGCUGCUCAGUGUUUCAAUUGGGCCCGAAUUAUGGUCACGUAACACACAAACUUGGGACUUUGGCAGAAGCAGUUGUGUAGCAUUCAGAGGAAUCAGUAUUUUCGCAUCGACUGCAUCAAUAUACUUAGUGGCAAUUAUAGCAUUACACACACUAGCGACCAUAAAUCUGGAAGAUAAGCUCGCUGCCCAAAAAGUUAAACGCAACAGUACUGAGGAAGAUGAAGAAAUGCGGUCUUCGCGUCACAGCCUGGUUGCUAGCAGCGAUACAUCUACUCCACCGCGAACAAUGAAUUUGGACUAUCGGCUCGUUGAUACUAGAGUUCCAAUUGCUCCACCUACAUUUUUUGUAUGGUUUCUGUGUGCCUCGCUAAGUAUCCCCGAAUUCACAUUAGCCACAACAAUUCGUCUUGACCAUGGUAUUGUUUGCAGUUUAGUGGAUUCCAGUCAUAAAUUAAACAUGCAUUUUAUGUUAGCGCUAUUUAACUUUUUCCUACCGGUUUUAAUCAUGACAACGAUAAGCUUUCUUAUAAUUUUCAAGUUAAUAUCUAAAAAACGAAAUAAUUUUAAUGAAUUGGUACCAGCUUUAAAACUGUCUCUAUGCCUCAUCGUGGUUUAUUUUGUAAUGUGUGCUCCGCGAACUCUUUUGAAUUUGUAUGGAAUUUAUUCUACAGCCACAAUGGAUAGUGCAAAAGAGCAUACUAUAAUUAAUGAAGAUUGGUUAAGAUUCAUCAAUUUGAUUUGUAGUACCUUACAUCUUUUAUCAACUUUAGUACGACCCAUUCUAUGUAUAUCGUUAUUACCCCGAAUACGAAAGAAGUUCUCGUUUGGAUUUGGAAAAAGAGAUGCAGAACAUGUUUAAGUAGAUGAAUAAGGAAAACGCCUUAUAUUCGAUGUAAAUUGCAAUAAAGUAAUAGUUUUAAAAAUACAUAACUAUCU